AUGAGGGCCACAUACGAAGAAGAGUUUGAAGAACCGCCUCGAGUCAUUGACGAGUACACCGAGGAAACGGUGACCGUCGUAGACGCUGCUCGAGACGCCUUCAAAGACCCUUGGAUAAAAGUGAAAGAGUAUGUUCUGUCUCUUUUCCCGAUCGUGCAGUGGAUCUACCGCUACAAUUACACUUGGCUUGUCGCAGAUUUGACGGCAGGUCUCACUGUUGGCGUUGUUGUUGUUCCGCAAAGUAUGUCCUACGCUCAAAUUGCUGGUUUGCCCGUCCAGUAUGGCUUGUAUUCUUCUUUUGUUGGCGUGAUUCUUUACUGCAUAUUCGCUACCUCUAAGGAUGUUACAAUCGGCCCUGUUGCUGUUAUGUCUGCAGAGGUCUAUAGAGUUGUUCACCGUGUAAUCGAAAAGAGCAACGGUAAAUACACGACCGACGAUGCGCCCCUAAUCGCUACCGGGCUUGCUCUACUCUGUGGCGGCAUCACCGCUGGAAUCGGCUUGCUGCGCCUGGGCUUUUUACUCGAUUAUUUGUCGAUGCCGGCCAUCCUGGGUUUCAUCUCAGGUUCUGCUUUCACUAUUGUGGUGGGACAAGUGCCGAAUUUAAUGGGUAUCAACAAACUUUUUAAUACUCGUGCUGCUUCGUACGAGGUGGUUAUCAACAGUUUCAAGCACUUGGGUUCGUCUAACCUCAACUGUGCAUUUGGACUCGUUUGCUUGUUCUUGCUCUACUUCUUCAAGUAUCUGUUCGAAUUCUUAGCCAAAAGAGACCCCCGUCGCAAGAAGGUUUACUUCUACCUUUCCACUCUACGAACUGCGACGAUUAUUAUUUUCUCCACCGUCAUCUCGUGGGCCGUUUGCCACCCGCACAAGAAAUCUGGUAAAUUCCCAAUUUCUAUUGUCAAGGAUGUCCCUCGUGGUCUCCAAGAUGUGGGUAUUCAUUCUUUGUCGGCUGAUAUGGCCUCUGACAUGGCAUCCGAAUUACCCAUUGCCACUGUCAUUCUUCUGCUGGAGCAUAUCUCUAUCGCCAAGUCUUUCGGUCGCAUCAACGAUUAUCGCAUUAAUCCUAACCAGGAGCUUAUUGCUAUUGGUGUUACCAAUUUAGUCGGCCACUUCUUUUCGGCCUAUCCUGCCACAGGAUCUUUUUCCCGUACCGCUCUCAAGUCAAAGUGUGGUGUUCGUACUCCGCUGGCGGGUAUUUUCACAGGUAUCGUUGUCUUGAUUGCUAUCUAUGCCUUGACUGAAGCUUUCUUUUAUAUCUCUAAUGCUGCAUUGGCUGCUGUUAUCAUCCAUGCCGUUAUUGAUCUUAUUUCAAGCUGGCGCAACACCUGGAAAAUUUGGCUCAUUUCACCAAUCGAAUGUGUUAUUUUCUUGGGGGAUAUUCUACUGUGUGUCUUUGUAAGUAUUGAGGCAGGCGUCUACUUUGCUGCUGCUGCUUCCUUGGUUUGGCUUUUGUUGCGCGUUUCUUUCCCCAGUGGUCAGUUCCUUGGCCGAGUUCAGUAUAUACGUGUCAACAACCCUACCAUUGCAAACACUGAGGUCCUUGACGGGAAGUCGGAAGAUGGUGACAGUGUUGAUAAGAAGGUUGCCGAGUGCCGCCAGAACAGUGUUGAGAGUGGCUUCAGUGACAGUGACAUUGAGCCUGUUUGCAGCAGCCUCCAAAUUGCUGAGCUCCACACCAAUUACAAUGGACCCCAAAAAGCCGCUGGAGAAGUGCCACAACCAGUUCACCAGUUCGGAUCAAAAUGGGUGCCUCUGAAUCGGAAGGCAAUCAACAAAGAUAUCAUCGUGAUCCCGCCUCCACCUGGUGUCUUUGUAUUUCGACCUACUGAAAGUUUGACAUACCCUAACGCAUCUCGCCAAAUGGACACUUUGACCGAGUAUAUUCGAAAACAGACUCGUCGUGAUAUCGACCUCAGUAAACCUGUCAAACUUGGUGAUCGCCCCUGGAACGAUCAUGGCCCCCGUCAUCGUAAAUUCGACCCCAACUUCGUUGAUACUCGCCCGAUUCUUCGAGCCGUAGUGUUUGACCUUUCUGCCACCCCUCAUAUUGACCUCACUGCUGUCAACAUCAUUCUUGACGUUUACAAUGAGCUUACCAAGUAUGCUAACCGUGACAUUGAAUUCCACUUUGCGGGUAUCUUGUCCCCGUGGGCCCGUCGUGCAUUGGUGAACUGUGGCUUUGGAGGAAUCAAGGGCCGACAAGCUCCCGCCGUUCAUCAGGUUGCCUUAGCUCGCGGCAUCCGAGGUUCUGGGCUGAGCGAGGUGACUUCAGAAGCACCGGACUCGUCAGAUAUCGAAGCCCAAAAAGGCACAAUCAACGAACCAGAGUAUCUGCCGUUGACUGCAACGAAUGCUGGGUUUUUCCAUUUCGAUAUUCCUGACCUUUCCUAA